CACCACAUUCAUCGCCCCAUCCGCACCCCACACGCACCAUGGCCGCCAUACCCACGUCGCUCUUCCGUUGGGUCGUCCCCGCCGCCAUUGGCGCUUCGGUUGUCCAGUCCUCCCUCUACGAUGUCAAGGGAGGAACGCGGGCCGUCAUCUUCGACCGACUCUCCGGAGUGAAGGAGCAGGUUGUGAACGAGGGCACACAUUUCCUUGUCCCAUGGCUACAGAAGGCCAUUGUCUUCGAUGUGCGGACAAGACCCAGGAACAUCAGCACAACGACGGGCAGCAAGGAUUUGCAGAUGGUCACGCUUACGUUGAGAGUGUUGCAUCGGCCGGAGGUCAAGCAGUUGCCUAAGAUUUACCAGAACCUCGGCCUCGACUACGACGAGCGCGUCCUCCCCUCCAUCGGUAACGAAGUACUCAAAGCCAUCGUCGCACAGUUCGACGCUGCGGAACUCAUCACCCAGCGUGAAGCUGUGUCGAAUCGCAUCCGCAACGACCUGCUCAAGCGCGCCAAUGAAUUCAACAUUGCCCUCGAAGAUGUCUCAAUCACACACAUGACCUUUGGCAAGGAGUUCACCAAGGCCGUCGAGGAGAAGCAGAUUGCGCAGCAGGAAGCCGAGCGCGCGAGAUUCAUCGUCGAGAAGGCGGAGCAGGAGCGACAAGCGAACGUCAUCCGCGCCGAGGGAGAGGCGGAGGCUGCGGAUACCAUCUCCAAGGCAGUAGCAAAGAGUGGUGAUGGACUUGUGUUGAUCAGGCGGAUCGAGACGCAGAAGGAUAUCGCGCAGAUGCUCAGCCGGAAUCCGAAUGUGAGUUACCUGCCUGGCGGGUCGGGCGGCGAGGGUGGAAAGAGCGGAGGUAACUUCUUGCUUGGCCUGAGGAGCUAGGUGGUGACGAAAAUGUGGCAAAAAAGACGGAAAGACGAGAGAGCUUGAAGGAAUGAUUAUUGCAAGGGAAAAUGCAUGGUCCGCGGUUACUGGCGCAUGAUUGCUGUACUAUAUACUCAACCUGCGGGCAUGAAAUACUUCUCUGUAAACGUAGGGAACUAGUCUCCUCUUAUUGUCGCUUCCUUCUUCUGUGAUAUCCCUCCAGGUC